UGACAGCUGUCACAGCUGCAGAUGAUAUAUUUUGGCGCGAAUAUUUUCUCUUGUGGUAGCUUGUGCCCUACUUUGUGGUUUUUAUACAUGUAAUUUGCUUACUUGUUGGUUUUUAUUACGGAUUCGGAUUUAUUUCGAAAAUGUUACUUAUUUUGAUCGAGAUAACUUCAGUGACUUUGGAAAAGUAGUUUAUUUAUCUUUGGUUCCAAUUAAUCGGUACGUAGUCAAUAAUGCUGUCUCGUCGUGGUUCUUCUGACAUGGAGUCACUGGAUAUUGCAGAGAAGACUUUAAAUAGUUUAAACUCGAGUGAUGAUGAAGGUGGUCCUAUACAAAGAGCGAAGAAACGAAUACAGAAUUUAUCUGAUAGUGAUACAGAGAAAGAAAACUUAGAAGUAAAUAUCCAAGAUGGUAUCCAACCCAGUGAGAGUGAUAGUGAAUCAGAGAUUGUUCCUAUUAAAAGCGGCAAAAUCAAAUCUAGGAUUCACAUGGAUAUUUCUUCUGAUUCUGACACAUCAAACAAACAUAGAAGUGUAAAGAAUGAGGGACAACAAAUAAGGAUGAAAAAUAAGAGGAAUAAGUUGAAGGAUAAGUUCAAGAGCCUGAUGAAUUCUAGAGAGAAACAUACACUACAAGAAAAUAGUAGUAAUGAAUCGGAGGGCAGUCACAAUGCAGUGUCAGAUGCUUCUGAUGAGGAGAUGUCAUCUAUUUCCAAAAUAAAACAGAAAAUGAAAAAGAGUAUGGCAACUAUGUCUUCAAUAUGUGAUCCAGACACAUCAGAUGAAGAGAGCACAACGAAUGCAAAACCAAAACAGAAGCCCAGGAAACAGAAAUCUACAAAACUAAUUGAACCCAAGCCAGUUAGAAUGUCAGCUAAACAAGCAAUGGAGAAUAUGCAGUUAAUUAAAAGUGAGUCAAAUCGCAUGCUGCGAGAGAAGGCAGUAUCAUUGCCAUACCACAGACCUAAAGCCCUGUCCCUCAAAGAUAUUAUGUCCAGAAGGAAGCCUGCGGUAGCAUCUGAUGGAAAAGCUCUACCUAUUAAAAUGAAUGAAGAGCAGUUGAAACAUUAUGCAUCAUUAUUAGAACAGAGACAGAAGGAAAUGAUGGAAUUAUGCAAAAGUGAAUCUGAUGAAGACACUCCUGACACUGAAGAAAAAUGUGAAAAUACUGAUCAGGAAACAGAGAAAUCAUUUGAUAUUGCUAAAACAGUAGACGAAAUACCCACUAAGAAUUGUGAUUCAAAUGGUUUAGUAGAAAAUCUAGACAAUGAUAUGCCUGCUGUCAUGAAUGAUAAUGUAGACACUGAGAAAAUAGUAGAGGAAAUUGUAACAAACAUAAUUUCUUCUGAAGGCGAUUUAUUACAUAGUACAGCAGGUGAUAGCAUAAAGAAUGACAAUGAUAAUGAAAAUACAAAGGGGCCAAAUGAUGAACAAAAUAAUUCUGUCAAAGAUGAUUCCAAUACAGAUUUCAAAUUGGUUUACAAUGAUUCCGUAGAAGAAGAACAAAUAAAACUAGAUGAGAAGGAUAGUACAGACAUUACUAAUAAAGAGGUUACUGAUAAAGUCAAAGUACCUGAAAAUAAUGUUGAAAACGAUAAUGAUUCUGAGCUACAAACUGAAGGGAAUACUGAGGAAGAGAGUCAAUUGAUAUCCUUACAUUAUACUGAAAACAAUACAGAACAAAUAGAAGAAAAUAUGGAAAAACCUGAAGCUAUUACUAUUGUUACUAAAACUAAAGAUAAUGAUGUUCAUGAACAAAGCAAUGAAGUGGUAAAUGAAGAUUUCUUCUCAGAUGAUGAUGUUAAUAUGGAAGAUAUUGAUAAACUCAUUGAAAAUGCUGAAAUUUUAAGAGAUGAUGAUAAUAUUAGUUCUCCAAUGCUUGUAAAAGAUCCGCCCAAUUUAAAUGCUAAACCUAAAUUGACUGGUGCUCCUGGCAUGGUUAUUGACUUGGACUGUGGUUCUGUUAUGUCCAAGAAGACUGGUGUUGAACUGUUAAAAGAGAGAUUUACAUACUUUGCGAAGUUAAAAACUCCCGAGGAACUUGAAAGAGAGAAGGAAAAGAGGAUAAAACCAGGUGCUCAACAUUUGAAAUUGAAACAAGAGCUUGAAGAACAAAUAGCAGAACAAAGAUCCCUUGAAUGGGCCAAACGUUUAGAAGAGGAGAAACAACAGCAUAUGGAAAUGGACACCAUCUUAGAUGAUGCUGAUGCUGAAGACAGUAUUGAGAAAAUUGAAGAAAAAUUAGAAGAGACUGAGGCAGAGAAAGAGGGAGAAAGUUCAGAAAGUGAAGAAGAGGAAAAAUUGGAAGAAAAUGACAUUGAAAUAAAAGAUAAACCUAGAAAACAUAACCCAAUGGUUGAUGAGGAAGCAGAGGAAUCAGAUUGUGAUGAAGAAGGUGAAGGCAUAGCAAAGGAUGAUGAAAACAAUGAUGAAGUUGAUGAUGAUGGUGGACAAGAGGAUGAUAGAGAUGAUGAUUCCAGUGAAGAAGAGUCCUCGGAGUCUGAAGAAGAAGAAGAAACAAGUAAACCUAGGAAAGGAAGGAUAUUAAAGGCAUUUGAGGAUUCUGAUGAUGAAGACUCGAUAGUUACGGAGAAGGAAACAAAAGAAUUAGUUACUGACACUGAAAAAGUUAUGGAAACCAAAAUAAAUGAUGAUCAAGCAUUUGUGGUAACAAAUAAUGCUGAUGGAGUUGCAGAAACAAACAAUGCUGAUUUGGCUGAAACUCCAAAUGAAGGUGGAAGUUCAUCACAAGAUGACGUCAUUCAACUAGCGCAGAGACACCAAUCCGUAUCAGAUGACCUUUUUGCAAGUCAAGAGAGCACACUCAUUGAUCAGGCGAAAGACGGGAAUAGUGUCGGUGAUGAAGUCCUAGGCACUCAGACAUUUUCGAUCUUAGAGACUACAACAUCUGGAUUACAAUCUCCAAGUAAAUUAAAUAUGGAUGUCGAACUACAAUCUCCUAGCAAAUUAAAUAUUUUGUGUAUGUCUCAGCCUUAUCAUGAUCCAAGUAUAGAUGGUAUUGUGGAGGGUUCACAGCUCCCAAUAUCCGAAACAUCACAGUCACAACCACUUGGCGAAGAUGUAUUAGCUCUAUGUACUGGCAAGUUCUAUGACAAUGAAUUUGUAUCACCAACUGAGGAAAAUCAAUAUGUGGACGACUUCACACAACAAUUAUCCCUAGAUAAAAUUGGUGAUACUCAACUUGAUAAAACCGCGAAUGGAGUACUAAAUAAAGAUGACAAUGAAUUAGGAAUUGAUAAAGAAAGUGCAAUUAUAGAAGACCAAAAUAGGAUUAAGGAGAAUUCUCCUAAGCCAGACGAACCCGAUGGAAACCUUCUCAAGUCCAUACUAGAUGAGUUACAUGACCCAGAAUUCGAUAAACCGAAAGAAAACAAAUUCUUCACUGGUGGUACACAAAAGAAAGAUAGUGCCAAAGUUCUAGAAAACACUCAAAUGAAAAAGAAGUUUGUAAUAGAUUCUGAUGAUGAGGCAGCUGAAGUUAAUGUAGACUCUGAACAAGCAAAGAAAAAGAAAUUGAAGAAGAAACGACCAGAAAAGAGGGCACUGCAAAUCUCAGAUGAUGAAGAUGAAGAGGAGGAGAACCAAAUGGAAGAUGAUGAUAUGUCAGACUUAGAAGAAGAUAACGAGAGAUUAGUGGAAUAUGACUCUGAGGAAAAUGAGAUUGAAGUAAAAAUAGAUAAACCAAAGAAGAAACGUAAAGUGACGGACUUCUUUGAGCAAGAGGCUGAGUUGACGAGUGAAGAUGAAUGGGUGGGGUCUGGUGAUGAGGAUGAGAAGGGUCUGGACAGGAUGGAGAGAGAAGAAGGAGACGACGAGGUAUUCCACCAGGGAAAACUACGAAAAGAACUGGGACAGAUACAUAUGCGUGAUGUGCUGGACCAAGACAAGAGAGAAGUGAGAUUGAUACAAGAGUUGUUGUUCGAAGACGGGGACCUCGGCGAUGGUCAUCGCCAGAGGAAAUUCAGAUGGAGGAAUGCAGGUGACGAUGAUGAUGCUGGUACGGUACCGGACGAAUUUGCCGAUACGCAAGAGGAAGAGUUUGAGUCGGAGGAACAAUGGAGGAAACAGAGGCAUGAACGUGAAGUUUAUUUGAGGCAAAUGCAACAACAAGAGGAAGAAAGCUCCCUAAACGUCAGUGUGAACAGAACGACGAUAAUUAAAGCCAAUCUCUUGUCCAAGUCCAUGUCCACUCUGCUUCAAGAAGUCAAUCAGACGAAAACUGAAGCUACCGAGGUCACCGUCGUUCAAGAAAAGAAGACUGCUAAAGAUAUACCUAGUCCUAAGAAAUCUUAUUCUAUCUUCCAGCAAAGUUACCAUGGAUCAUUACUAACGCGUGGUCAAGGAGCUCUCGCGCGACUAGCAGCGCUCGCAACGCCUUUAGCUACAGAUGAUGACUCUCCAAAAAUAGGAUCGCUAGCAACACAUAGGCGAAACUUUGUCUUUACUUCUAUAACCCCCGGCGAAGAUGAUGUACCAAAGGUGACGAUAAAAAGGAAAGCUGACGCGCCACAAGGCACGCCGAAGUUGAUGAAGAAACUGAAAAUAGAAGAGAAAACCGAUAAACUGUUUCCGUACGCAGAAGAAAAUGUUAAAGAUUUUCUAACCAACCAAUGGGAGUCCGAAGAUGUGAAGGAGGCAGUGACGGCGCUCAGGAAACUGGCGCUGGAAGACAAGGAGAAUAGCGUGGACGGAGUAAUCACCAUUCCAGGAGAGGAUGCCUCUAAGGAAGAUCAGAUUGAGGGGCUAGUGAAGAGUGUGAAGUGGCAGAUGUCUUCCGACCGUAAAGCCGGCCCUCUGAAGCAGUUGCAGGGUCUUAUCUGGAAGCAGGGGUAUGACAAGGGAGACAUCAAGGGACAUGUGUACGAUGAUGUGUCUCCCGCGAUGGACUUGUGGCGCUCUGUGGAAGGCCAAAAGAUCUACAUCUACUCGUCUGGAUCAGUCCAGGCGCAGAAACUUCUCUUCGGCCAGUCCCAGGCUGGAGACAUGUUAAAGUACAUUGACGGACAUUUCGACACCGCUGUCGGUGCAAAACAAGAGACUUCGAGCUACACUGCCAUUGCUGAGAAAAUCGGUUGCAAGCCAGAAGAAGUUCUGUUUUUAACCGACAUUGUGAAAGAGGCGGAGGCCGCGCGUGCGUGUGGCAUGCACUGCGCGCUGGUGAGCCGCGAGGGGAACGCGGCGCUCCCAGACGAGGCCGUGGCGGCCUUCCCGGUGCUGUACAGCCUGGCCACCCUCGCCAACCCCAACAAGCGCAAGCCCGACGCCCAGGAUGACCAACCUGCGAAAGUUCUGAAAACCGAUGUGGAUGCCGAUGUAAAAACACCUUCGGAAAAAACAGAAGUUGCUGCCGAAGUUAAAGAGUCUACUGAAGCGGCGGCGUCUGAAGAAGUAAAACCAUCCGCAGAACCUGAAGUACUCACUGAGGAGAAAGCACCUGAAAGCGACACGUCAGCUAAACUAGAACCUGUGCCUGUCAAUGGUAAUUCUGAUGCUACUGUUGCAGAGCCAGAGGCACCAAAACCAGCUGGCGAACCAGAAAAAAUGGACGUUGAAAUGGAAGUUGAUGAACCUGCUCUCGGUACGCAGGACAAAGCGUGUCAAGCUACUGAAAAAGUUGAAACCACCGUUGAAGAAAUUACGGAUGCAAAUGAAAUAGAAGCCACCCCUGCUUGUGACGUUGAACCCAUCAUUGAGGAGAGUAGUGAAAAGACUGAAAACACAGAGACUGACAAAAUGGAGACAGAAUCUGUUCCUGAGCCAAAAGAAAACGAUGCUGAACGACUUAAAAAUGGACAUAAGGAUACUCCUGUUGCAGAAGAAACUCCACCAACCUCUGUUAUUACAGAAAUCAAGGAUGUCACUAACGACAAAGAGGAGCUGAACGAGGUUACUGAAAUGAUUGAAGACAUCGAACCCGUUGUCGAGGAACCUCCAGCUACCCAGGAUAUGGAAGAUCUGCAGAAUGUUGGGGAAGUACUCGAGAAAGAAUGUGACGAAAUAUUAUCGAAGGUUCAGGAUGUCACUAAUUUGGAUAACAUACCUAUUAAACCUUUACUAAACACUAUUGCUGAAGAAACGAUGGAGACUGAAAAUACUGAUUCAAAUGAUAUAGUUGAGAGAAUAUUGGACACUGAAAUGGAAAUGGAAUCAAAGAAAACUGCAGAGAAAACCACUAAUACUUCAGAAGAGUCUGUAGAGAGCAAGGUUGAACCUGAAGCUCCAGCUGAUAAAAAUGAUAAACAAGAAACAAAAACAGAAGAUAAGGGCACUACAACUGAAAUGUCUGAUGAUAAGCCAAAAGAAGAAGUAGCUGAAAUUAAAACAACAGAAGAAAAUGUAGAUAGUAGUAGUCCUAAGACUACAGAAACGGAAGAAGCCACUAUGGUGGUAGAAGAAAACGAAACGAAACCAGUAGAUAAAGUUGAAAAUAAGACGGAAGAAGAUAGUACCACGCCUAAAUCCGAAACAGAAGAAAGCAAAACUGUAGUAGCGGAAGUUGAGGCUGAAACAGUAGUAGCUGAAACAAAGGUAGACACAGAAGAAAAGAAAGUAGUUGACGAUAAACUAGAGGCAGAAAAAGUAGAGCCACCCACAGAACAAACUAAGGCAGAAACAGAUACCCCAGCAGAGCUUAAGGAGAGCGAGAAAGUUAAUGAAGAAGCCAAGCCUGAUAGUGAACCAAAAGAACAAACCGAAGCGCAAGUAAACGGCAAAGCUACCAAUGGAGAUGCUGAAGUCGCAAAUCAGAAUGGAGAUGCCAGCAAAGAGGCUGAAUUAAGUGCUCGGCUGUCAAUGGAAAAUGGAAAAGAGGUGAAUGGUGCAAACGGUGACUCUGUGAAGGAGGAGGAACCGAAAACUGAAAAGAGUGCCGAAGUAGAAGUAUCUGAUAUCAAAGUAAAGAACGUCGCCGUCGACGAGACGCGCAGUGACCCAAUAGAGCAGCCCACGGAAGCAUAAGAUUGUACGAGUCGGACGAGUGGAACUGCAGGGCGUCGUAGCGUUGUUGGUUCACAUCAGAAGAUUGACAAGACUGAGGUUGCUUCCACGCUAAAUGACAUCACUUCCUAGUUUAUAUGUGUAUUGAAAUUUCACUGUGUACCGCGCGGUGGCGGCCAGUGUGCAGCUCGGGCCAGGAUAUAUACGUCACUAGCACUAACUAGUAGGUGGAGUACGCCCACGACUUGUCAGGAACUUACUCAACAAAUUACCUUAAAUUGUACUUAGGUAACUUAGUAUCAAUAGUUUAUAUGAUGCCCCAAGGUUCAUUACUUAAUUACGCUACAAUAUCGAACUUGACAAGUCUAAUGUGUAUAUUUUUAUUGCUGUACCAUUACCAUUGCAUCUUAUUGUAUCAGAUCUGCAAGUCUGAUAGUAAUAUCGGCUUUUUGUAUUAGUGAGGGCACUGCGACUUCCUGCUUCGUUAAGAUGCAGUGCGUACUGGUGAUGUGUCUACACGUAAGUUUAAUUUUGCUAUAAGUAAAGUUAUGAAUGUAAGUCACAUAGAUGUAAGAUCGAAACUUUUAUUAUUAGACAUUCCUGUAAGCGUACAAUAUAUGUGGUAGUAUUUUACUGAACUUCUUGCAUAAUUUCUUGGUUUUGGUACGUAAGGGCCAAAUGGUGCUUUAUACGAGUUGCCAGACCAUGCACUAUAUGCUAUUCCAUUUUUUCUGUAUUAUCGUAUUCGAUUGGGUAGGGAUCUAGUAAGAUAUAAUAACUAUAGAAUUUUCUACUUUUAUCGAUGUUGUGCUGUAUUACCUAGCGCACAUGAUCGUUUGAUACAGGUAAAGCUCGCCGGUUUUUAGAUGUAAACAUUUUAGUAAGCUGCGGCGCGCCUUUAGUCGUAGGAACAUUUUUGUAUAUGUGUCGAGGAUGUAACUAAGUUGAGUCUUGUCACAUCCCGCGGAGCCAGGCGCGCUCGCCACCGGCCCAGCUGCGCACACUGUCCGUCACCGCUUAUCAUAUUUGAUCUAAGUAAGUUCUAUUCAUAAGUAUUAACUGUAUUGUGAUUCUUAAUUAUCGUAUAUGUAUUACUCAAUUUCUUAAACCUACUGCCAAACCUGUCCAGACCGUGGUCGUUGGUGCCCGAACCACUGGUGUUAUUGUGAUAUUGAACAUGACGACGAGACUGGAUUGUUCGACGGGCUGUGUAAAGUAUUUAUUGUGUCGGGAGGCGGGUGCGGGAAGCAUGUGUAUAGUUGGUGGUAAUUAUUAUUUAUUUAGGCAUUGUAAAACUUGCUGUAUAUAAAGUUCUAUAAUCUACGGAUGAACAAAUUCUUCACAAUACGUAUUAAAAUGUUGGUCUGCAAUUAAUGUUAAGAUUAGGCGCUUAUUUUUGCUAUGUACCUUUAAAAGGGUUAGACGAGAGUUGCGUGCAUGCAUUUUUUUAUCUUGUGUUGUGGUGUUUAUAUGGUGCAGAUACCUCAAGGUUGUGUUUUUCUUUGCUUUACUGAAUCUAAUUACUGCUCUAUCAUUGUACUAUCCCAUCAUUUUGAAGAAGCUUUAAUUGCAUGUUUAAGGAAAAUGCCAAACGAAAUUGACUGAGAAUUUUACAGAACUAGUCUUAUUUGGAAUCUCGGUAUAGUUUUGGCUAAUUUUACAAAUUGACUGAAUUUUAACCAUCGGUAGGUACUAUUCUUUAUUUAUAAGUUAUAUUUUGUUCCUGUGUUAGUUAUGUAAGGCCGAAACUGAUGUUAGUACAGUAUUGUUGCGGCUUGGGGACCAACGGCGAACGAUCGGACAGGCAUCUUCGUUUAGACUGAUUUUUUACUAUUCAAACUUCUGUGUUCACUCAGUAUCUGCACAAUGAAGCUACACGUAACUAGUGUUUCACUCUGUAAGAUAAUGGAUGAGCAUACGAUAACUUAACAAAUAAGAAAAACUGACAUUUAUUGAGUUCGUACAUUUUAUUGUAAAAAUAAAAAAGAAAUCUCAACUGCGAUUGAAAUGUAUUAAUUUUAAUUGUCACAACUAAUGACGAUAAAAUAUAAUGGAUGUAGAAUUUUU